AAUACAAAAAUUAAUACUUUUUUGUACAAGCAAAAAAAAAAUGGCUUCUAAUUCAGCCUUUUCUCUUUUCUUGAUUUUCUUGAUUAUUACACAAUGUUCAUCAGCCCUCAAUGCUGCUACAGAUUUUGACUUUUUCUACUUUGUUCAACAGUGGCCAGGAUCAUACUGUGACACUAAACAAAGUUGUUGUUACCCUACAACUGGAAAACCAGCAGCAGAUUUUGGAAUUCAUGGACUUUGGCCUAAUAAUAAUGAUGGGACUUAUCCAUCAAAUUGUGAUCCAAACAGUCCUUAUGACCAAUCUCAGGUUUCUGACUUAAUUAGUAGAAUGCAACAAAAUUGGCCAACACUAGCAUGCCCAAGUGGUAGUGGCUCAACAUUUUGGUCACAUGAAUGGGAAAAACAUGGCACUUGUGCUGAAUCUGUUUUCACAAACCAACAUGCUUAUUUCAAGAAGACUCUUGAUCUCAAGAAUCAAGUUGAUCUUUUGUCAAUUCUUCAAGGUGCUAACAUUCACCCUGAUGGCGGAUCUUAUGAUUUGGUCAACAUUAGAAAUGCAAUUAAAAGUGCGAUUGGAUACACUCCUUGGAUCCAAUGUAAUGUAGACCAAUCGGGUAAUAGUCAGUUAUACCAGGUUUACAUUUGUGUUGAUGGCUCGGGUUCAAAUCUCAUCGAGUGCCCUAUUUUCCCUGGAGGGAAAUGUGGCACAAACAUUGAGUUCCCAACAUUUUAAACUAGUGUUUGUUCUUUUAGCCUUAUUUCAUAUGCCUAAAUUUGUUGUUUUUCCUUUGUACUAUUUCUUGGUUAGUAAUAUAAUACAUGUUCUAAUCAUUGGAAAAAGGUUAUAUGCCUUGUUUGGAUGCAAUAACAUACUAAAAAUUGUCCUUUGUU